AUGAAGCUAUAAUGGAUUGUUCAAAAGCAUUAUAAUUACAAAGAGAAAAUGCUGAUGCUUUUUAUAUUAGAGGUAAAUAAUCUUAAAUAGCUAGCUAAUGCAUAUAAAAAUUAAGGGAAUUAUGAAGAAGCAAUAGUCGAUUAUUCCAAAGCGCUUGAAUUAAAUUCUAAACAUGCUGCAGCCUACUAUAACAGAGGACUCAUCUUUUCUGAUUAGUAGAUAUAUGAAAAAGCAAUAAUGGACUAUUCCAAAGCCAUUGAAUUAUUGCCAGCAAACCCGUUAUAUUGUUUUAGCUUAGGUUUUCUUUAUCUUUCUCUAAAAGACUUAAAUCAAGCCUAUGAGAAUUCUUAAAAAGCUACUUAACUUUCAUUAAAAGUAACAUCCUAACAAAUACUUCAAUUCCAAAUUACGAAAGAUAAAAUUAUUUUUCUACUAUAAAAAGUAGAAAUUUUAACAUCCAUAGACAAAGAAUUAUAAAAUGUUAAAGAAGAAAUGGAAUAUCUGCUGAAAAUCAAUGUUUUAUCUGAAGUUUAUCAUUAGUAAUAUUAAUCUGAGAUUAAAAUUAUUGAAGACCUUUUAGGAUUAUUUGCACCCUCAAAAUCAAAAGAAAAUUAAGGAGAAAUAUUAUAGACACUUAAAUUGUAGAUGGAAAACAUUUUAAAUUGCAAAAUAGAAAUUUCUAAAUUAAAGAGUAAUCUAAGUUAGGACUAGGACGAUCAAAAUUAUCAUUUUAAUGAAAAAAUCCCUUUUAAUUAAACAGAAAAAUUAAGUAUAAAUUUAGAAUGUUCAAAGUAAAAAGAAUCAUUAAAUCCAAAAAUGAAUUAGUAUUAGCAUUCAUUAUUUUGGCAUCUAUUUAAUUAUCUUUAUAUUAUAGAGUUAAUUUCAUUGGAUAGUUUUAUGAUCAAUUCUAAAUUUGAUUCAAAAUAAAUUUUGGAAGUAAUCCAAUAAAAUGAUAAUCUCAAAAAUUCUAAUGAAGGCUUUGUUCCUAUCUUUAGCGAAACUUUUGGUUUAAUUAAUAGAGCUUUAGAUUUUUUUGGAAAUCCUUAAGAAAAGAAGCUUUAAAGUAGAGUACUAAAUUUAAAGUCAAUUUUACAAGCCUUUACAACAGAUAAAUCUGAAUACAAAAGAGAAAUAGAAUAGGCAUCCUUAUAUUUGAUGAAUAAUACGAAAGAAGAUUUUGAAAUAAAUCAGUUCAAUAUAUUUGAAUUAUUUAUAGAGAAGAUUUCAAUAUUAGAAAUUGAUUAUGUAUAAUAUUCUGAAAGCAAUUUUUGGAAAUCUGGGAUCCUACAUACUUUAAUAAUUCUGUAAUAUUUUGAUUAGAACUGUUAAAAUAUAAUAAAUUAGUCCACAAUUUGCACUCUUAAAGAUAUUAUUGUUAGGUCAAUUAAUGAAUUUAAUUCUGAAUCCUUUGCGAUUGAAUAUAUUAAGCAAUAAUGA